AUUUUUAAUUGACACUUAAAAACUGUCAAAACAGUUUUUUCAUCAAAGCGAAUUCAUUCUUGUUUUUAAUUCGGAAUCUUAAAUACAUUUUUUUGUAUAUUGCACAAACGGUGUCCUAAAAAGUUAAUUUAAGGAGGUGUUUUAGACAUAUCUAAGUUUAAUAAUCUCAAAACUUGAAAUAUAAAACCAACGAUGUCUUUCGAUACAAUACCAAAGGAUUUACGAGGACUGCGCGCUUGCUUAGUGUGUUCACUUGUAAAAAGUUUCGAUCAGUUCGAAUGUGAUGGAUGUGAUAAUUGUGAUGAAUUUCUUCGCAUGAAGAACAAUAAAGACAAUGUAUAUGAUCACACGAGCAACAACUUCGAUGGCAUUAUUGCAUUGAUGAGCCCAGAAGAUUCUUGGGUAGCGAAAUGGCAACGAAUCGGACGUUUCACGCGUGGUGUAUAUGCGAUAUCUGUAUCAGGUAAUCUUCCUCAAGCAACUCUGCGGGAAAUGAAAAGCCGUGGUAUACCCUACAGAUCAAGGGAUACAAGCCAACGUUAACUCCUAAUUUAAUUUUUAAAAUACAUUAAAUUAUCGACAUUUUUACAUUUAUUAUAUUAGCAUUUUAAUAAACAAAGCUUUGUGCAGAAUCAAGCAUAAUUAUAAAAAAAAAAUAAAAUCAAAUGCGU